AUGGGGCAAGAGGAGGCCGUUGCGAAUCUACCUGUGGAUGGUAAGGUCUUCUGGGAGAAGUGUGUCGAGUACAAAAACCGUCUUAAUAACUACAGACACCUGGGUUGGAUAAUACUACUGGUCUCGGCCUUAAAUGUCAUUCUCAUCGGUGGCAAGAGACGUGCAUUCGGGAUUUUUGUGACAGCAUUGCACAACGACUUCAAGAAUACCUCGAUGACUGAGCUUAAUUGGAUUGGAGAUAGUUAUGCUGCGGUCGGAUUCUUCCUCAUGCCCUUCAUGACGACGCUGAUAGUCCACGCCGGGCGGGCUUACCGUUUUGCCAUGAUGGCUGCCGGAGCCUUCAUAUUUGUUAGUUGUUUCACAUCUGCGGCUGUGCCAUCACCUGGAUAUCUCUUCGUUACACACACCGUUCUUCAUGGUAUCGGUUCCACCCUAAUUCUGUGCAGUACUGCCCUCAUAACUGGUGAGUACUUUGACAAGAAGCAUCGCUUUCACGUAUUGGCAACCGCUUUUGUGUCUGGUGGGCCGUAUGGUGUGCUCAUUUUUGGUCCGCUCUUCUCAAUUUGGAUCCACAAUUACGGUUGGAGGCAUGCAUUCGAGAUCUGUGGUGUGGUUUUCCUUGGUUUUAACCUUCUAGCUGCUGUUGUAUUUCAGCCAAAAAAAUGUGACAACUAUGAGGAGGUUGACAAUGACGCCCAGAAGGAAACAAUGGAACCGGUAGAGCACACCGCAGCCAGUGGUCGUGGAUGGGCACUGAUUUCCCUAUCCCAUUUAAGAGAGAAUUUGCAAAUCGUAUUGUGGGCGAUGGACAGAUUAGUCCACAAUUUUGUCAUGUAUGGACUUCUAAUGAAUAUGACAACUUAUGUGACCGAAGCCAUGAAAGAUCGCAUUGAACAGGGGUCAAAGGUGAACCUCUAUUUCGGUAUCGGUGAAUCUCUCAUCUUCACGGCUGGAGCGCUGGUUGGGGAUCGGAUGCGGGGAUACUUGCCCCUAUUUUAUAUGAUCGGUGCCGCAGUCAGUGCUGUUAUUCUGCUGAUAAUGCAAAGUAUUUACAAGAAUGUGAAAGGUGUGCUAAUUCUGGCUGGUUUUCUAGGAGCAGCAGUCGGAACAGGCAAUACAUUCCUUUACGCCACUUCAGAGGAGGUUAUGUUGAUCCACGGUUCUGUCGCCUUUCCGAUGACCAAAAUGAUCGCGGGAAUAGGCAUGCUCUUGGCUCCUUUUCUCUCUGGAACAGUGAUUGAUGCGUUUUCAUUCCGUGGAUAUUUCAUUUCCAUGGCGAUCCUAGUUUGUAUUCGAGGAAUCCUCUUCAUCGUCAUUUGCAUAAUUCUCUGGAGGAAGAAGAAAUUGCUUAAUCGAAAGAGGCAGCAGGAGACAGAAGAGGAAGCUACAAAACUUCACCCGAAAAUUAUCAAAACCGCACCCAGUUCUGGAGGUGAGGAAUCGGAAUCCUGCCAGGCUAAUCAUGGCUCCACGUCUUUGCGGUAA